UCUGUAGCAUUGAGUGGCUGCAACAAAAGCACAGAAUAACAUCUCAGCUCCUCUCCUCCGCUUCUCCCCUCACUGCAUCUCCCUUCCUCGGUGCUGAGAGCUCCACACAACAGUAGAGCCACAUGGAACUGCCGUCGCAAGCGCAGCCUCUGCCUGUUACCAACAAGUUAGGGAUGAAGGACCUCAAACAAUGAAAGAGGAAUGUGUGAUCUUCAAUUAACCAAUUGAGCUGACAUCACUGCGAUGGAAAAGGAAAGAGGCAGCUAAGGGACGAAGAAUCUGCUCAGCAGUGCCGCUUUGGAUGCAAAUCAUCAACUUCAAAAUUAAGGAUUCUUGGAAGGCAAAUAAUGCUGGUCUUUUCUUAAGCUGGGAAUUGAAUAGCGAAAAGGGAAAAGAGGACAGACCAGAAAAAACAGCAUCCCAGGACAUGGAAUUCCAGAAUUUGGUUCAACUGGGGGGGAUCAGCACUGCUUUAAUUCUGAAGAGCUUGAUUCCUUUUGUGUUUGCUCAAAAGGUUUUUUUCCCUUUGGAUUUCUCUUCCAUCUGGCUGCUCCAAAAGUCUGUGGAAAAAGACAGUUGAAUGCAGCCUCCGAUGUACAUAAAAGAAUGGGUUUCCAUUCAAGGUGGCCAUUGGUGGGACAAGCACCAGCGGCACUCUGUGUGAUCAGCAUGCUACUGUGCCUCCCUCCUGUGUCAUGCACAACCUGCCCUCAGAAAUGCCGAUGUGAAGACCUGCAGUUUUACUGCGACACGCAGGGGCUCCUGGCGCCCCCAGAUGGCGUGGAUAAAGGAGCCCUUGGACUUUCUCUCAGACACAACACCAUCAGUGAGCUCAGCCCAGACCAGUUCUUUGGUUUCACUCAGCUCACCUGGCUCCACCUGGAUCAUAACCAAAUAACCACCGUGCAUGAAGAUGCCUUCCAGGGGUUGUACAAGCUCAAGGACCUGAACCUGAGCUCUAACCGCAUCAACAAGCUACCAAACACAACCUUCAUUCACCUCAUCAACCUGCAGAUUUUGGAUCUCUCCUUCAACCAAAUGACAGCAUUGGAACCCGAGCUCUUUCAUGGGCUCCGGAAGCUCCAGAUCCUUCACCUACGGUCAAACUCCCUGCGCACUACACCAGUUCGAGCCUUCUGGGACUGCCGGAGUCUGGAAUACCUUGGCCUGAGUAACAAUCGGCUCCGUAGCCUGGCCCGGAAUGGCUUUGCCGGGUUAAUUAAACUGCGGGAGCUCCAUUUGGAACACAAUCACUUGACCAAGAUUAACUUGGCGCACUUCCCUCGCCUGGUCGCUCUCCAAUUCCUUUAUCUACAGUGGAACAAGAUCAACAAUUUAACGUCCACCAUGGAAUGGAAAUGGACAACUCUGGAGAAACUGGAUCUCACUGGGAAUGAGAUUCACAUACUUAUUCCAGAAGUGUUCGACACUUUGCCCAACCUCAAGAUCCUGCUGCUGGAUAACAACAAACUGACCAGCCUCGAUACCCAAACCAUGGAUAUGUGGAAGUCCCUAAGCGCUAUUGGGCUAUCCAGCAACCUUUGGGAAUGUACCAGAAGGAUCUGCAAUAUGGCCACUUGGCUGAUUACCUUUAAGGGUCGAUGGGAGCAUUCUAUCCUCUGCCACAGUCCUGAGUACGCACAGGGCGAGGAAAUACUGGAUGCCGUUUACGGAUUUCAGCUUUGCCAAAAUUUCUCCGCACCAGUUGUACUGACCGGUACUACCACGGAGGCCAUACUCCCAGAGAUCACAAGCUCCCUGUUCGGAAAUAUACAGACUCCUACGCAAGACUUCUAUGCAGAGGAUUUUGGGAGCUUUACGAUUAUCACUACAACCACCAUCAGUACCCAACCCCCACGCACUGCCCUUGCGACUACCAUGACUGUGGAGGGGGCAGAGGUUACGGAGGACUACUCUGCGAUUGACAACACAGUGCUGACCCAGAGAGUCAUUAUUGGCACAAUGGCUCUGUUGUUUUCCUUCUUUCUCAUCAUUUUUGUAGUGUACAUUUCACGAAAAUGCUGCCCUCCUACUCUGAGGCGGAUCCGCCAUUGCUCAGCCAUUCAGAACCGGCGACAGAUGAGGACCCAACAGAGGCAGCCAAUGGCAGACCUGGCAACACAGGUGCCCUAUAAUGAGUACGAGCCCAGUCAUGAGGAGGGUGCGCUCGUGAUUAUCAAUGGGUAUGGGCAGUGUAAAUGUCAGCAACUGCCUUACAAAGAGUGUGAAGUAUAAACUAUUUAUUCCUGCUGUUUAAGGGUUUACCAUUUGACCAUUUUAAAAGAUGCAGGGUUUGCUUUUGGACUUUUUUUUUUUUUUUUUCUUUUUAGUCAAAGAUAUGGCUUUGAAAUUGUUAGCUAUGAAAACUAUGAAAGCUUGAGGUGACUGGGAUGAAUCUAAAAAAAAGGAAAGAGAAAUUCACAAAUUUAUUUUUGUAAUACAAAUGCAAAGGUUCAUAUCUAAGCUGGGGCAAUCAACCUCAGUAGAGGAAGAUGUGUGAGAUGUGUCACUGCAUCACCAGUUUGUGUACUAUGUAUUCUGCAGCACAGAGGAGAUGAGAAAAUCUAUAGCCAAACCGCCUAGAACCUUGUGCUCUGGAAAACGGUUUAUAAAAUGACAUAUCUACUGAUAAAUGGUGAAAUUUUAUUCCAUGAAAAAUAGUGUUACAUAUGCCGAACUUUUUCAAAAGGAUUAAAAAAAAAAAAAUAUGUAUGGUGCACGAUAGGCGACACUAUAGAUCUCACUCACAUAUUCACAUUUGAGGAGAGGGAAAAGGAAAUCAGAUGGAUUAAAAGCAUAUUUUUACUCACCUUUUCUAAAUUGAGAACAAGUACUGUUAAAAAUUGCCACAUAAUGAAAUUUAGAUUUGAACAGGGAAUUUAAGCACUCACAUUAGUUGGCUUUCUCAAAUGGCAGAAAUUAUCUUUUCAAUUUUAACAAGACUUAAAUUUGAACUAAUGAGAACACUUAAUGGCCUUCCCGUUUCUGCAUUUGGUUAAAUUCAAUAAACUCUGUCCGCUUCCUUGAAAUCUUAAAGCCUAGCACUUUGUGUGAAAAGGUUCAUGUCCAAUCCUGCUCUGCACUGGUUCUGACAAAAUGUCUGAAUAUGCUCCUUCCACUCUGACUUCAGCAGGGAUUUAUUAAAUGUUAACCACAUACAAUUGCUUAUUUAUCAUUGUGCAUAUAUACUUACAUAAGAUGGCUCAAAACACUGACAUCUUCACUGUGAUAGAACAAUGCUGCUUAGACCAUUGCACCAAUAAUUUAUGAGAGACCAUCAAAGUAUGCUUGAUGACAAUGAAAACACCAGCGAGAAAGAACUUUUUAGGGACAAGGGAAGGGAAACAAAUGUAGAGGACACAGACAAUUGUCUCCUAAAAAUAAACGCAUAAGCUUAGCAUCACACUGCCUGAAUGCAGCAAAGAGUGAAAUUGUACCUGACAGCUUCAACAUUGAGUCAAUUAAGCCUGAGGAAAAAGAAUCUAAUAUUCUGUCACCUAAACCUCUGCCCCUGCAAGAUUCAGCCUUCUUGGCCAGUACAGAAGUAGAACUUACAUAGAGAUAAAUCCCUGCCUUCCUCUUUCAUGGAAACAAGGGAGUUCUUUUUCAUCAUAGCCCUGGAUCCCAUUGGUCCAUUACAGCAUAAAAGCCUCUUUUUUUCUAUGUUAGCUAAAUAUUGAGAGGAGAGGAUAAGCAUCAGAGCAAGGACACGAAAGUGACGUCGCAAGAAAGUGAGAGACACAUAGUGAGGCUGAAGUAAAGCAUUGUAAAGCUCUCAGGAGAGCAUGCAGAAGAUGACGAAGGCUGGGUCAGGACACAUUUGUAUGCAGCACUGAGAGGACAGACAUUAGCAUUAAACUAAAGAAGCCACUGCUGCAGUAGCUCUUUGUGUUGCACUCAGGAGUUGGGGGCAGGGAUGCACAAAGGGGUACAGGGCAGACAAACACCCGUUAGCAUCUAACUGAAGUCCACAAGUAUUUUAUGAGCAAUGUAGCAGGGCUGAAUCAGGGUACAGAAACCAUUAGCAGCAAAGGAAAAUGCUUGACAAAACAGCGACUGACUGGGCAAGAUCUGGAAACACCAUAAUAUCUGUGCCACAAUGAGGCAUUUUACCUCGUUACGGAAAGCUGCAAAAAAUAAAAAACAUCAUCAAAUCAUAUCCUGGGAGAGGCUUUUAGUGUUAUGCUCAAAAUCAGAGAAAUUGACAUCCAUAUCAAAGCUCUUUUUUUGGUCUACCUAAUAGUAAACAUUUUUGACAAACAUGCAAUAGGACACGAUUAACUGUCUUACACAAAAAUUAGUCAUGCCUGAUGAGAUUGGUUAGGUGUCCUUUAGAGGGUGCUGUAAAAUACCAUCAAAGUUCAUUCAAAAACCCAGAACCAAUCCACAGUUCAGUACUUCUGUUGUCUUAUUCCACAAACCAUGCAAAAGACAAUGAAUUACUGUUGGUAAGACAAAUACGAAAGGAAUGUGGGUCUCUGUAGCUGAUCUUUUCAACACAUCAAGGGGUGUAUCUGGGAAUUUACUAGGACCUUUCAUCACGAUACGAUCUUAUAUCGAUUCUCUUGGCCUGCGAUCCGAUAUUUGCUGAUACAUCAAAGCCUGCUGCGAUACAAUUUCAAUUUGACUCUAUUCAGGGACCUGCGGUCGAUAUUCUGAUAUUAUAUUUUACACAAUCAAUUAAAAAAUUUUUGCCCUCACAUGCAACCAAAAUAUAAUUGGAAUAUUUUAUUGAGCUCUCUGAAAAGUGUAAAUUUAGUAUCCACAUUGGGACAUCCACAACAAAAUAACAUACUUCAAAUAAUAUAAAAAAACAGUGUCACACAUAAGUGAUCAAUCAUUUGAAUACAGCUUAUUUUUCAGUUUAAUCCUAUUCAAAGUACUUACAUACCCAUGACUUGGUUUUCUUGGCUACAACUUCCACAGUUGUAAUGAAAAAUUCGGUUAUAGUUAACUGGGAUAAAUGUUAGUAAGGGUGUUGAUGUGUAAAGUCUUAUAAAUGAUGCUAGUGCUGGGCAGCAGGUGAUUUCUCUUUCCCUCAUUAGUGCUGUUCAGAAUGUCAGCGUUGUUAAGACGUUGCACAUGAUGGUUGAACUGCUCCAUGGUACUUUUAAAUAGCAAAUUCUCAUAUAAAAUUAAAAUGGUUCGCAUGCGCAACGAUAUCGAUGGAAACCCAAAUUAAUUGCACAUGUGAGCUGGUCUGCGUUUUUCACGAGAGCUCCAUUGAGCGCCUGGUUGACGUUUGUGCACGGAUAGCAGAUUGAAUUUUGCUUCACAGACCCUGCACACAUCCUCGUCCCACAUGAAAAGCAUAUUUAGUGCUCAUUUAGUGAAAUGAAUGUAAUACGGUUGCUUCAUCGCCUGACGGAAAUGCAUACGGAUGCGGCUGGCAUGAGAGUAUUAACAAAGGUGCAUCUUAAAAAAAAAAAAAAAAGAUAGAUAGAUAGAUAGAUAUUUACACGUUGUAUCGAUAACAUUGGAUCGUUGGUUAUUGGAUCGAUGGAUCGAUACACCCCUAGAAUUUACAUUCCAAAACUGAUUUUUCAAAGGCUGUUGACUUUAAAAAGCAAACUACACUAACAUUUUAUGAGCCAAGAACAUCCACCCACUCUUUAACAAACGGUGUUGCUUUAUAUUCGAUUUCGUGAUGCCAACCUUUGCUUUCCUCCAAAAACACCUUGCAUGUCUUAAGAAAACAGCUUACCUAACAUGCACAUCUGUAAACCCCCCCCCCCAAAAAAAAGAAAAAAAAAGAAAAAAAAAUACUGAUUAACCUUAUAUCCUUAUCUGAUAGUUUAGACAUAUAGUGGGGAAAAACUUAAUGAAAUACUGGCAAAUGUUGUCAUCUCACUGUUUAAACUAUCAGCUUAUGAGGUGAUCACAAAACCAUUACUUUGUAGAAUCCAUUUGCAAUCCUGUAAAAUGUAUUUUGGGUUAUGUUGCCAUACGCCGAAUUCCUGCUGCUCACUCUGGCCAAAACAGCACCCCCCCCCCCAUCAAGUCACAACCCAAAACUUCUUUGUGCAAAAAUGAAUGCUUCUCAGCAACCUAUCCCCAAACCCCGCUUUUUCCUUUUGUAUUGUAAUAUGUACUAUUUCAUAUCUGUAUAGUGGGUAAAGAUGUGGCCAACUGAAGAUCUUUUUUUUUCUUAAGACGUAUAUUUUUAAAUAAAAAUGUUGCAAAAUAUAAAUGUUUUGGUCUAAUAUGCUCUUCAGGUAUACAUGAGAUAUUACCAACUGUAAAUGGGUGAAUGUCAUGAAAACAUGUCCAGGUA